CGGAGCCCCACGGGUCUUGCCCACAAGCAAGCACAAAAGUAGAUCAACGUUGAUGCGGUGGCCCGGGUUCCAUCCCUCAUCUUCUACGCCGCUACAUUUGUGACAGUUCUAACGGCAAAUCUCCUAUAAGGCCUAUAUAUCGCACAAGACAUACAGGUUUGCCCCUAUCAGAUUGGUCGGCUCCUACAUCCUGGUCCUUUGGCUUAUUUUAUUUAUUUACAAUCAAUAGCAGUUUUCAAGGACUCAAACUUGUUUUUUACUCUCAUCCAAUCCACCGUCACCGACAUUCAGCUCAGAAAGCUUUAUUCCAACUAAUUCCCAUUGCGAAACUACUCUGUCAAUCUCGAGGGCGACCUUUUGAUUGAAAUCCCCCGUCAUUCAUUUAAUCCACCUGAAAGCUGCUUCACAGUCAACAUGAGUAUUGUUCGAACUCCAAUAUUCUAUCAGGCUCCGACUGGAAAUUUCAAACAAGUUCUGGGACAUGGCAUUGCUCGCUAUGGUUUUUUUGGCUUCUUGAACAGCGACAGGGCAACCUCAGACAUGGGUCCCUAUGUACAGUCCAAUCUUCCACCGCAGAUGCAGGCUUUGUCGGUGGAAUAUCUAGCCAAAAAGAAAUCCAAGACCAAACGGGGUCUCAAGAAACAAUUAUUUUCACGGUUGCUUCAAUUAUUCCCUUCGGCCCUCGGAACCAUUGAGUCAGGCACCAAGCUGGUAAUGAGCCCUGUCGUAUCAACGUCCGAUGUCAUCAGUGGGCAUUUUCCCGGAAAGGAUGAACUCGCUCAAGACUCUUCGUGGGGAACUUCGACGGUUAAAACUGAUAGCUUGCAAGGAGACCUUUUGUGGUCCACGACAGUGAACUUGGGAUCGUCAUCGCAGCCUUUGAGAGUCAACGUGGACACUGGCUCGGCCGAUUUUUUCGUGUUUGAUCCAAAAUGUUCAACAUGCGCACUCAGCACCCACAGCGCGUUCCUCUACGCACAAUCCAGCACAUUCACUCCCCUAGUAAACAUUUCGUUCAAUGCACAAUACGCUGAUGGUGGAGGAGUUAAUGGCUACUUAGCUCAAGAUAGUCUGAGCUUUGGGGCCGGCGUUACUAUACCUCACCAAUUAUUCGGUCUGGCGACUGACGUUUCCGGCUAUUGGCAGUCCCUGGGAGUUGACGGCUUGAUGGGGAUGGGUCCUGAUGCGCUUUCAUCAUUCCCACCACCCAAUAACCAGGGCGUAUUCACUCAACUGUUGAAGAAUAAAGUUAUCUCUCAGCCGGUCAUCGGCAUUGCACUGACGAAAGCAUCAACAAAUUCAAGCGGCGAGUUCUCAUUCGGGAAGGUCAACGACCAAUUUAUCAGAGGUGGCUCAUCCCAGCUUUUGUGGAAGAAUGUUAGCAGUCAGAAUUUUUGGGGUACUGAUCUCUCCGGAGUGUUUGUCGAUGGUACUAACGUUAUGGCGUCUGAUGAUCCACCUCGAGCCAUAGUUGAUACCGGUACUUCAUUGAUGCUUGUCUCAGACAAGGCUGCCGCCGGCAUUCAUUUGAGGAUACCUGGUGCAGUAAUGGAUUCUUCGAAUGGCAUCUGGCGUUUGCCCUGUUCGGUAGCUACUCCUGCGGCCGCGAAAAGACCAACUUUUGCGUCUAUAUUCUCGGGUUUCAUGAGGCCACAACGAAGAGCGACCCUUCGCGGAGCAUUUACGAAAGCUUAUGCGACUCCUCCAAACAUAUUCGUCGAGCUUGGAGCUGGCUCACAGAAAUUCGGUAUACCUGUCACUGAUUUGGCGUACCAAGCGAUCCCAUCAAACGAAGCAAACUCCCUCGCUGGUGAUGGUCGCACGAAAAUGUGCUACAGUGGUAUACAGGCAGGAGCUGACGGUUUCUUUGUACUCGGGGGUACAUUUAUCAAGAAUCACUACAUCGCACUCAAGCGUGAUGGCAAUAAUAAGAGUAUCGGAUUUGGGAACCGAAAGGAUAUGCCUGAAAUCCAAUAGCUUUCCUUUCAUCUCAAUAGCGAGCAGCCAAGCUUCAAUUGAUUCAACAACCGACGACGAUUUCGCGGUCGGAUUAACCUUGUUUUAUCCUUUUCGUCAGUGGACACACGCUUUCGGUGAUUUGCUCGUAUGCCCUCAAGUUUUGCAAUGAUCUUUUUACCAGAACACACAUUUUAUCGUUUAGUUGUAUAUAAUUAGUUAAGUAGGAAGAGGUACUGCAUAGUUACCUUUUUUCGACCCUCGCCCUUUCAAUUUUCUUCAAGCAGAUUACAUUAUAUUAAUUUAUUUGAUUUGUUAGCUGUAUUUCUGAAGAUCAGCUUCUGAUACCCAAUAUUUGAAACAGGCAAUGUUGCAAUUAUAGACAAUUUUUUAUCUAAUUCAUGGAUCACUUCAUGUUGCUCAAGUCUAGGUCUUA